AUGUCGUCGGGGUCCAAACGUGUAACUGUGGGGGUCCGGGUACGGCCAAAGCUGGAUGGCACUGUGAAUGUUCUGCAGACAGCAGAACGCUACGAGCCGAUGGCCUGCUCACGGUGCUCUGAGACGACGCUGCGCAUCUGGGAUGGACGGCCAACGCCGGACAGCCGGAUCUUCUCCUUUGCAUACGACGCGGUGUUUGACGAGCAUGCGCCACAAGAGGAGGUCUACGAAGAAUUUGUCUUGGAGGCGGUGCAUGACGUACUUGGCGGCACCAACGCCACCAUCCUCACUUACGGCCAAACAGGCAGUGGGAAGACGCAUACGGUGCUCGGUAAGGUGCGAAAAAAUUCACCGGGCGACAGCAUCAUCACUAGUGACACUGGCAUUCUCUUGCGUGCUCUGCAAGACAUUCUGCACUACGCUGCGAGCCUUAAAAACAAAUUUCAUGUUGUCGUUGGUCUCUCCGCGGUGGAGGUUUAUCUUGACGAGAUGCGGGACCUACUGGCUGAGGAACGGCAGCCCAAUGUCGUUCAUUUAGCCCUCGUGAGAAAUGUAGUUCGUGUUUCAAAGGUGCGGUAUGCUCCCAUUUGCUGCCUCGAGGAUGGGCUGAGAGUGUUUCAUCAGGCGACGGCGCGGCGGACGCAGCGGAUGACGUCCGCCAAUGACAUGUCAUCGCGCUCGCACGCGGUGUUUAACGUCGAGGUCUUUCAGCAGCCUAUUACCACAACCAGCACCCGUCCACUCGACCUGGCAGCGUACAUCGCUAUGAGGGAUGCCGAUCAGCUUGCACAAGUAGAGGGAAAGUCCCCGAAGAUGCCAUCCCACCCGUUGUUUCCUACGGCUUCCCGGCCGCUACUCGGCGAGGCCGAUGCCCCGGUGAUGCACAGCAAGCUUGCCCUCGUUGACUUGGCGGGGAGCGAGAAGGUACGCAGCAGCGACGCCAAGGGCGAGGGGUUUGACGAGCUGAAAAAGAUUAAUGCCUCUCUCAGUGCGCUGGGGAACGUUGUGCGCAGUCUGCAUGUGGGUUCACGGCACAUUCCCUACCGAGAUUCGAAGCUGACAACGGUACUGCAUGACUCUUUUGCGGCUGCCGGAGCACGCGUUGUGCUCAUCGUCACCGUCAGUCCUACCACCCUGACGGUGGAAGAGACACUCUCCUCCAUGUACUUUGCCGACAAGGUGAAGAUGAUGAAGCCGGAUCCACGCAGUGGCGCAUGGAGUGAAAACGAUGCGGUCGGUGAAUAUUUUGCCUCGCUGUGGAAGUAUGAAACGCUGCUUGCUGAUGUGCAUAUCGCAGAGGCCAUGCACGCAUUUACCGCCCCGCAAGUUAUCCGGCUUGUUGCCUGCGACCGCAGCAAUGUGCUGUAUGACCCGGUCUUCCGUGUGAGGAAACCGGAGUGCAGUAUACGCAAAAUGGCGGUGGACACGAUGUGUGAGGCUUUCAAGGCGAACGCCAUGGAACGUGCUGGUAGCGAUGUGGAGCGGCAACGGUUGGAAGUAGAGAAUCAAGCCCUUCAGAGUGAGCUGGUCACAGCUUGGAAAACAAGGUGGAUAAGCGCAUCCACUAGCCUUAAGGAACUCUUAACGCGGACAGUAGAAGAAGGUAGCGCCGAGGAAGCGGCGCUGCGUGACGAAAUCACUGUGGCGUCUGCUCAGCUUCAAGACGCCCGCCUCCUCCGCCGUGAGCUGCAGCAGAGGUACCAAUCUGCCAGCGCACGUGCGGAGGAGGCGGAGCCCGCACUGGCCGCUGUGGAGGCACAGCUAAGGGGCGCCGAGGAGGCGGCGACAGCGGAUUCGGUCACCGCCUCUGUGGGAAUGGGACCGGGCGCGUCACCCACAUCCGAGCAGGAAGAAGCGUUGUGGACGAGGGUUUCAGAUUUGGCGGCUCAGGCAGUCCAAUGUGCUGGUAUGCGUUACGAUUGGUGUCUGUUGAUGUGCGAAACCCGGCAACUUGCUCAGGAGCUGCACCAACAACGGCAGCAGCUGCUGCAACAGCGGGAAAUCGCAUCACAGCCGCAGGGUGUUGACGAUGAGCUGCUUCAGAUGGUGCGAAGUAAGGCGGGCAAGGCUGUUGCGACCCCUUCUAAGCGUGAAGAGCAACUCUGGGACAACGACCCCGUGAUGCUUGGUGGUCACCCUGUUUUCAACAAGUACGCAGUACCUCGGCCGCGUCAGUACUGGCAACCCCAACCUUCAGAGAGCGAAGACGCAGGGAAGAAGCGCCGCGGCACUCUGUAUGAUACGCCAGAGCUACUGGAAGAUGUUGUCUCCUUCGUGAAGAUGGGCGGGGGCGUGACACGAUACUCGCGCAACGGCUCGCCAUACCACCGGCUCCUGUACGUGGAUGGAAAAGCUGGUGAGGAGCAGCUUUCCUGGUCGACGGUGGGGAGUCUAGGAAGUGAGGGCGGUGUCCCCUUGCGCACCGUCACGCAAAUACUUUUAGGGCGAAGGGUCACAUCCUCCGAGCCGAACUCGUACUACUUGAGCUGGGGCGUGGAGUUCCGGAAAAAGAAAUCUACGAAGAUCGUGGACUUUGCCUGCGACACAGUGGCCGAAUUUGAGGCGUGGGUGAUGGGGCUCAGUCAGCUCACCGGGGUGAAACCUCUCUUUGGCGAGCCAUUGAAGCUGCAGCCAGGAACGGCGGCGAAGGAGGACGCCCUCAGCGACGUGCAGGCUGCAUUUUGUGCAGAAUGGCAUCUCCCACCGGCGGUGUUCACGGAGGCGCGGAGGCAAAUUAUGCACCGUCGCAACCGGUCCAGAAACUCGUGUUUUCGAUUGACACCGGGAGAAUUACGGUAUCUUGUCAAGCUAGACAUCUUCCGCGCCUCCGCCAUGUGGCUGUACUUCUUUGCUGAGGGCAUUGUGGUGAAUCCGAUAGAAAAACUCUACUGCUACGUGGAAGUGCCAGAGGGGUCACACACGAUGUUGUCAAGGGUAAAAUCGGUCACCAACACAGGCUCGUGUGAUGGGUCCUCCGUGAAGGGUAUAUCUUUCUCUUCGGAUAGAAAGGAGGAUGAAUAG